GAAGAAGGCCUUUUUGGAAUCGAGAUCAUGAUGUAGAUCUUAUUAUUGAUGUUUGUGAUGGACUUCGCCCUCCGAUCGUUACAAAUGCUCCUGAAGGUUACGUUGAAAUAAUGCAAGAAUGUUGGCAUUCUAAUCCAAAAAGAAGACCAACUGCUGCUGAUAUCCUAUCAAGAAUUGAGAAUGUAUGUUCUCUCCCAAUUGACUUGAAACCAUUAGAAGGUGAUCAAUUCUGGCCUACUCAACAUAAGCCGCAAAAUAUGUUGAAGAAAAUCAUCAAGAAGACAUUUAGAUCCCUUAAACGCAAAAAAUUUCAUAAAAAUCGCAAAGGAAAGGGUACUAUUAUGGGCAAUAAUACCAUAAAUUCCAAACUCACUUGCCAUACGGCUUCAACUGAUAAAGAUACAACUGAAAUUGAUGAUAUUUUCGACAUUUAUUUAUCCUUUCAGGAUAGUGAAGAGUCAAAUUCAUCUAAUACUACCGAAGAUGUUGCUUGCUUUUCAGCCAGAAAUGAUUGCAAUACGUUAGAAAUAUCAACAUUUCCUUACGAGGAGCAAUAUCUUUUAUUAUGGAUCAAGAAUUUUGAUUGA